AUGGGAAGACAUCGCGUGAUUAGUGAGCUUGUCAAGCGAGGCGCUGACGUCAACGCCAAGGAUAGUCAUGGACGCACUCCGCUGCACUGGGCAGCUUGCCACAACUACGCUGGGGCAGUCGAGGAGCUACUUGCAGUGGAUGCUGACUUCUUGCAAUUGGAUCACGAUGGAAUGACACCGCUAGCUUUCGCAGUGGAUGGCGGACUAUUGCGGGGCGACUGUGUCGAACUCUUUGUCCGUUUUGGGGCAGAUGUCAAUGAUCUUGUUCCGAACGAGAUCGAAGAAACCCCUCUCCACAUCGCGCUGCGGCUCGGAUAUAAAGAAACUGCGUUAGCUCUGCUUGUCGAAGGUAAAGCUGAUUUGUACGCUUUGAACGGGGACGGGCGUCGUGCUGUGGAGUGCUGUGCAUCAGCUGAGCUUCAAUAUGCUGUCAAGGUCGCAGGUGGCUGUGUUGAUGUGGUGCUUUCGUUCGACCCGGUGUUCCGUGCGUUUGCUGAGCGUGCGCGCGCGGGCAUUGAACAGAACUUUAUGACUGUGCAUAUGCGCAGUGAAGCUGAAGAUGCGGUUGGAAGAGAGGGUGGGGGUGCCUCGGAAAAGUCGUUGGAAGUGAUAAAGAACGCUUCUGCCAUAGUUUGCAUGCUCAGCGAAGGAUACGCGCAGAGUGUCUUGUGUAUGGAUGAGCUCGCAUUCGCCAAGCAGCACGAAGUCCCAGUGGUGCCGAUUUCGUGCGAGUCCGUCAAAAUGUCGGAGGAAUUGCAGUUGUUUGUCUUCACGCGGCAGAUCGUGCCGUUUGGACAAGCCGUGACGUCUCAUCACUCGAAAAUGGUCGAUUCAAGUGACGACGGGUCCACAUCAUCAGACACGUCGACUGUGCACAACGUCGAGUUCGAGAUCGACGAGGAUAAAUUCCAAGCAAGCUUAAGAAGCCUUAUCGACGGAUUGCGCGACGAAGUGGAAAUGCAUCGGCUAGGAGGCGACCGAGAUCUUGCUCAAACGAUGGUAAGUAAACACCAACCACUGGGGCGGGCUGCAACUCUGAGACGCCGACGAAUGGAUGAGAUUGUGAACGCUGUAAUCGUGCGAGGAAGUGGGAGGCGGAAUACGUUUGGUGGCGGCGGGCCGACGUUCUCGAUCUUUGUAUCGCACGGAGACUGCCAUCGUGACUUCGUAACACGCUUGUGCACUGAGCUGCGCCGCUACCAGUUUCCUUUCGUGGUCGAUUCAAUGACGAAUGUUUCGAGCACCAAGGAGCGUAUCCUGGCAGCAAAAGAUGCAAUUCUGCAGAGCUCCAUAUUUCUCGUCAUGCUCUCGGAACGCAGUGUGAAGACGGAGCUGGUCAGUGACCAGUUGGCGUUUGCGGAAGACAAAGGUAAAACUAUCGUGCCGAUCUAUUUCUCCAAGAAGCCGCGGGGUGUGGAUUCGUCACUGGGAAGGCUGCUUGAACGAGAGGGCCGAGGCUACAUCUUCUCCAGUGACAUCAGCUACGGGCGUGGAUUUGAAGAGCUACUGCACGAUUUGCGCUCAGGCGACAGUGAAAAUAUUCGCGUUAGUGGUGCCGGCGUGUCGUUGCUGUCGAGUCCUGUUGCACAAGCUGCGGCUCGACGUUUGCUGCAGAACUCCAAGGCAUCCAAAGGGGGGAGCCGCAAGAAACCACCACGCGCCAGUGUAGGGUGAUAAGUUGACGAACUCGAUGAUGGGAACCAAUGUAUUUAUGUGCUU